GAUUGUGGAGCGAGUGUCCUCUUCUUAAGUUCUCCUCUUCAACUUCUGCUCCCCUACAUCCACUCUCUCCACCAACUCUUUUGACCUUUGCUGGUCGCGAUUUGUCCAGGCUGCUGGCCAGCUCAACAAUAUAUCCUUCGUCUUCAUACAUUUAGCAGUCCCAACUUGCCACUUCCACAAUGGCUCUACUUUCCGCUGAACAGCUUGCCGGCCCAGGCUACAUAAUCCUCAAUAUCAUCCGAGCCAUGAACAUCAUCGCCCUUUCUUCUGUGGUUGCAAGCAGCGUCGUCAUGCUUGUCAAGACCUUCGUCGUGUCUAAGUUCUUUUUCUUCGAUGCCACCAGCCAUGUCAUCACUGGGCUCGUAGGCCUAUUUCUCAUCGUCUCCGAAUGCUCUCUCUUUCGCAGCUACUUCGCCCGGAACUGGCCUUUACUCAGCCCUUCCCAUGGCUUCGUUUCUCUAGGCUGCGCCAUGAUGGUCCUAGGACUGAACAUGUUGGGAAACAUGAAUAAGGAAGCCACCAGUCAAGAAUCUCUCGGCCUUCCCUUCUGGCGUCUCCUCGUCGCAUCCGGCAUCCUAGCCAUUGUCAUCGGCUUCUUCAACGUGGUUGCGAGCUACAUCUUCCGCAACAAAGCUCGCCAAAUCACUGCUCGCCGCGUCCGCUCCCACGGCGCCAUCUCCCUCUCCCCCUCGCCCGACGACUACCCAACCUACACGAAGGACUUCAAAGACCUCACAACCGUCACUACCCACCAUACCGGCUCCUCUGUCUCGCGUUCCACCUCCCGCACGCACAUCAACACCCCACCCCCCAUUCGCACCGGAACGCCUCCAGUCGACAUGGGCAUGUCCUCUCCCCAGCCUGCUCACAAGUCCCCCACGUCCGGCUUCUCAUUCCCCUUCAGCCCCGCACGCACCCUGCGCGCAGCCCGCGAAUCCCUACUUCCAAGCUACCACUCCUCCCCGCUCAAAGUGCCCAUGCCUGCUCGCUCGCGCGCCUCGUCCAUCUACUCGCGAUCGACCUCGGGCGAGAGUCGGCGGUGGUGGCACGCGAGGAGGCGCGAGAGCGAGGUCCCUGAGGUGCCCAUGCAGAUCUCCGCGCCGAUGAAUACGAAUGCAAAGUAUGGGUAUCUGAUGAAGCCUGAGUUGAAGGUUCACCCGAGUCUGAGGGGCCGCGAGGACAAGGAGACGAGUGUUUAGAGGGUGAGUGAAUGCCAGAAAGUGGGCUGGGGUUAAGACGGAGUAGUCGGUGAGAUGGUGGAUGGUGGAUGGUGCGAUUUCUUUUGUUAUGAUACCACUUUCCUUUGCUUAUUUUUCUUGUGUGUGUCUGCAUAUGGUUUAUUGCAUCACGGUAUUCUUUCGCCGCUAUGGAUUACUCAUGGGCGGCGCUCCGA